AGCUCCAUCAAUGGGAACGAGGGAGUAGGAAAAGUCGUGCCAUGUCAGCUGAAGCAACAGCAUCAAAAACAGUGGUUACGAGAGAGACGUUGGAGCCGCCCAGACAUGCGGUUGCAGUGACGUACAUUUGUGGAAACUGUGGGUGUUUGGUCGAGAUCAAACCAAAUGAUGCCAUCAGAUGUCGCGAGUGUGGGUACAGAAUCCUCUUCAAAAUGCGCUCGAAGAAGCCUAUGCAGUACCAGGCAAUCUGAGCUUCGAGUGCCAAAUCUGAGCUUAGCGUCCAAGAUCGAAACAAGAUCGAGAUGAGAACAUAACUAUAUUGAAAUCCCAGCGAAAGCAGCAAAAUUGCACAGGGACCUUGCGAAGCCGAAAGUGAUGCACAUGACAUGCCAUGUUCUUUAAGGGGCUCUUGACCAAUCAAUAUCAAUCAUCAUAUUUGGUCAAGGAUCUUAAUGGUAGCAGAGCUCUGGUUCAAAGCACACGGUGGCAAUGUGGAAAAAGCUCCAUCAUCAAACGAGGAGCCAGGUCAGAGCUUCGUUUGAUGAGCUUGAGAACUGGAUUCUCGAGACCUUUGGAGAAAGAAGAUUUGAACAUGACGAGUCAGAAGAGGAAAUCGCACUAGAGGUUGCUAAGCGCCGCCGCGGAAUGCGUUUUUUUACCGCUGGGCGGCCAAGGGACAGGAAAAGAUUUGCGUCGAUCUUGUUCCCGAUAUUCCAUGGCGAUCCAAACGAAGCGCUCUAUGAGGAGGCUUUUCAAGACGUCCUUCGCGUGGCUGGAGUUUCAGUGAAACCUCAAUCCAGGCACAAGCUCUCCUUCAGAGGUGGUAUUCUCUACUUCACUGCUGACAGCCAAGGAAAUUUGUAUGCCGUUGUCGCUUCUGACGACUUUCCCAUGGCUUCGGUGUACGAAUUUUUGGAUGAAAUGCUGGAGGUCUAUGAAAGCAUUGACGUGGCAAGUGCUCUGGACCAGGCCGAAGAGUCAUUGUGGGCAGAGAAGCAAUUUGUGGAAGAUGCGUUUGGCGUUCGUGAGCUGGCUUUGACGAGCUGGAAAAAGCGGGUCAGACCUGGAGACGGUUCUUCAUUUUACUUCGAGGAAGACACGCCAGACUUUUCCGAGUUUCAAACGCGUCUUUGAAGACGCCCAGACUGCCCAUACCAACCUGAGCAAGUCGCAAUUGGACACAUCGAAGCGAUCGAAGCGAUCGAAGUCUUGGUCCCGAAGGAUGAACAUGAGCGAUCGGCGAGCCAAUCUCAACACCUUCACAUGGCAGACACUUUCAAGGGCACAAAGUGGCUCUUCCGUGGAACAAACGGUGAAAAC